AUGUUAAGGUGGAGAAUAAAUGGCGAAGCCAUUUAUUCUGCAGACUGUACUGUAUCAGACAGCGAAGAGUCUAGAUGGGAGUACGGUUCUGAUGCCCCGUUGGAACAUGAUGCAUUCAGCCGUUAG